AUGCUUCUAGUUGGAAGCCUCGUUGUCCUCUGUGGGCUGCUGGCCCAGAGUUCAGCCCAGCUGGCUUAUCCCUUACCCCUAAGCUAUGACCUGCCCACAUCUGCGGGUUACUGCCGGUCCUUGUACCUGGACCAGAACCUCCCAUCCUACACUGUGACUCCAGUUGUAACAACAUACCCUACACACCUUAUUGCUGCAAACUUCAGAAAUGCUUUUAGCCAAGGUUUGCUGUCUGGGGGCAUCCUGGGCUUUCUGGAACACAUGCCUCUCCUGAGCUACGUAAGACCUGCAGGAAACAACGUCGGUGGUCUAGUCGGGGUGAUUGGAAGAGUGAUUUCCUCAAUCCCAAUCCUGAACAACAUCCUUGACAUAAAAGUCACCAAUCCCCAGCUGCUGGAACUCGGUCUGGUGCAGAGCUAUGACUUCCACCGCCUCUACGUCACUAUCCCUCUGGGCUUUGAUCUCAAAGUGAACACACCCCUGGUUGGAAAACUGUUGGAGUUCGCUGUGAAGCUGGAUCUCACUGCAGAAAUCUACGCUGUGAGAGACAUUCAAGGGAGGAGCCGCCUGGUCAUUGGUGACUGCAUUAACUCUCCUGGCAGCUUGCGUAUCACACUGCCUAAAGGACUCAAUCUACUUCAAAACCUGGUAGACAGCCUCACAGACAUCUUGACUAAAGUCAUUCCUGGCCUGGUACAGGGCGUGGUGUGUCCUGUGGUCAGUGGAAUCCUCAGCCUCUUGGAUAUCACCCUGAUGCAUGAUGUUGCUGACUUGCUGCUGCAUGGCGUACAAUUUGUCAUUAAGGUCUAA